GCUUAGCCGGCGAAAGGCGGAAGAGCGUUGCGCUGCGCAGCAGCAUGGAGGAGGUGGCGGCGGAGAGAAGCAACCUGGGUGGCGUGCGGCACAUCCUGCUGGUGCUCUCUGGGAAAGGCGGUGUGGGGAAGAGCACCAUCAGCACAGAGCUGGCUCUGUCGCUGCGGCACUCGGGCAAGAAGGUGGGGAUCCUGGAUGUGGAUCUGUGUGGCCCCAGCAUACCCCGCAUGUUCAAGGUGCAGGACAAUGAUGUGCACCAGUGUGACGCCGGCUGGGUGCCGGUCUUUGUGGAUCAGGAGAAAAGCAUCUCACUGAUGUCCAUUGGCUUUCUGCUGGAGAAGCCAGAUGAUGCUGUGGUGUGGAGAGGACCCAAGAAAAACGCUUUAAUAAAACAAUUUGUUGCUGAUGUGGCCUGGGGAGAACUGGAUUUCCUCAUCGUGGAUACGCCUCCAGGCACCUCUGAUGAACACAUCUCCACAGUGGAGGCCCUGCGGCCCUACAAGCCUUUGGGAGCAAUCCUAGUCACCACCCCUCAGGCAGUGUCUGUGGGAGACGUGAGGCGAGAGCUGACGUUCUGCAAGAAGACAGGCUUGCGAGUUCUUGGCAUUGUUGAGAACAUGAGUGGUUUUGUUUGCCCUCACUGCUCGGAGUGCACAAACAUCUUUUCCAAAGGGGGAGGCGAAGAGCUGGCCAAACAUGCUGGGGUCCCUUUUUUAGGCUCCGUUCCUCUGGACCCCCAACUCAGCCAGAGCUUGGAGGAAGGCAGAGACUUCAUCCAAGAGUUUCCCAAGAGCUCUGCCUUCCCUGCCUUGACUCGUAUCACCCAGCAGAUCCUGGAUGGCGCAUUGCAGCAGAGCUCCUGAGGAGUGAUUUGGGCUGGACUCUUGCCUGGCAGCACCACCGACAGCCCUUGGCUGGUGGGGAAUAGGAUGCAGAAGCUGUUGAUCUAUGGAGCUGUUACACUGGGGGAUGAUGGAGGGAGGAAGGAGCACAGCAUCAGUGCCUCUUUUGGCAACUCAAAAAGGGAAGUGCUGCUCUACCUCUCCACAUCCAAAGAUACUCUACAUGGGCGUCUCUGCUCACGUGGAGGAUGCACAGCCUGGUUCUUGCCUUCUAAAUGUGGCAGCACUCUGCCCACAUGGUACAGUUGUUUUUAGCCCCCUCAUGCAGUGCCUUCCUCUGCGACCAGCUAUUGCACAGAUAUUUGUGGAGCUCUAUCUUGUUUCCACAGCAUCUCAUGCUCUGCAGUGCAGCUAACGAUGACUGAAUGCGGCUGCACUGGCAAGCAUCAUCAGUUGGGAUGGAUGUUCCCUCGCCAAGUUCAGAUGGCACGAAUCAUCUGCAUUGUAGCUCCAUGUGUUGCUGCCUUCUGCUGCUCUCCUUGCAUGAUACAAUACAUUACUUGGUUCAGCAGCUGGCAAGCUGGAUGCUGUGCUGUGGACCUGAGCCAAGGCAGCUCGCUCUGAAAGCUCCAGUUGUUGGUACAUUGUGCCUCUGAGGCACUGCAUAUGCUUCGUGUGUCUUCAGCAAGUCUAGCAUCCAUUUGAAGUCUGCAUCCGACCCCACUGGAAACAAUGUCUUUUUUGAUCUGCUGAGGGGUUACUGUGACUCAGGAAUAUUUUUUACAGUUCCAGACAGUAAACAUCUUUCUUAAAAUGCAA